GAUCCCAGCCCUGUACACAUGGGGCAGAGCCAGCCAAGAAGCAAGGAGAGGCCAGAGCCGCUGUUCUGUGCAGCCCACUCGAGGAUGUCUCCCAGCCUACAGGAAGGGGCUCGGCACGGGGAAAGCAAACCCUCGCCCUGCUCCUUUUCAAUUGAGAGCAUUUUGGGAUUGGACCAGAAGAAAGACUGUGUUCCAUCAAUGAAACCCCACAGGCCCUGGGCAGACACCUGCGGCUCCUCAGGGAAAGAUAUUAACCUAUGUGUACAUAUCCCGAGCCUUCCUAACGGGAUCUCAUUCCCUUAUACUGUGGAUCGUCCAGUGCCAGAAGAAAGAUUUUUGAAAUGUGAAAAUUACUUUUCACCCUCAGAAAGACUGUCUUUGAAAAGAGAACUGAGUUGGUAUAGAGGACGAAGACCAAGAACCGCUUUUACUCAAAACCAGAUUGAAGUGUUGGAAAAUGUCUUUAGAGUAAACUGCUAUCCUGGCAUUGAUAUCAGAGAAGACUUAGCUCGAAAACUGAAUCUAGAGGAAGACAGAAUCCAGAUCUGGUUCCAAAAUCGGCGUGCAAAGCUGAAAAGGUCCCAUAGAGAAUCACAGUUUCUAAUGGCGAAAAAUAAUUUCAACACGAAUCUCCUGGAGUAGACGGAAAACUGACCACGUGAGAUUAUUUUACAAUUGCAGAACCCGAGGAAUCAAUGGAGAUAUCAAAUUUUAAAAAUGUGAUCUUUUCUGCAUUUAAUCUGAGUGUUGUCAUUUUUCUCCCGAAAAUAUAUUGUAAAUAUUCACUAUUAAAACAUGGUACCUAUUAUACAUGGGCACUUUUAGUUACAAUAAAGGCCUUUCCUAUAUAUUUUAAUAAACAUUUUCAGAAAAAGCCAGCUAUUUUUUAAGUGAGCAAAUUUAAUCUAAGACACUAGUUCGCUAAAAUCAGCAAGCUCAUGACUAAGUGACUCCACAAGCAAGCUGGAUUCUAUUUACAGAAUAAUUCAAGUAAAAUAAUCUGGAGAAUGGCACAAAGAUAUGCUCUGUUUCAAUUAGUUUUCUUCAAGUGCAUUUUGAAACAUGAUUAUUAGCUCCUCUUAAUUUCUGACAUAAAGCAGUGAAACUUUCUCACCACGUAUCAAUACAAAUCCUUCUAGCAUGCCAGUUUCAAGCUGUUUUUUUUUUUUAAGCAAAAUCAUUAUGCCAAAGUAGAGAUAGAAAGACAUCAGUUGUCAUAUUCAUACCCUUGGUAUUAUAUUGCAAAAAGGAUUGAGCUGCAAAUACAUGCAAAUUUUAAAAUAUUUUCCUAGCUAUUUAAUGUUGUGUUUUACUUUCAUUCAUUAAAGGAAUAAUGAUCA